AUUCUGUUCACGCCUCCCAUUCAUCAUUAAUGUCAUCCUUCCGCAUACUCCGUUCUCUGCGGAUGUCUGCUGUCGUUCGUGACCGUCCAGUACACCCACUGGACUACUGGACGCGGUCAAGUAGCCCAAAAUCAUGGAGCCCCAGCUUGCGGAGAAGGUUACACGGCUCGCAGAUACAGCAUCAUGGGAAUGUGACCAGACCAGAUCCUGGCACGGGAAUUAAAUUGCAUUUCAAAGAUUCGAAGGGUAAUCUUUUAAAGACCAUAGAAGCAAACGAGGGUGAUGACGUCCUGUCACUUGCGCACGAGCAUGACAUUGACCUAGAAGGCGCAUGUGAAGGGUCAGUUGCUUGUUCGACAUGUCAUGUUGUUCUCUCGCCCGAGCAUUAUGAUUUGGUCCCCGAGCCAUCUGACGAUGAAAAUGACAUGCUUGACAUGGCGUUUGGUUUAACUGACACAAGUCGGCUUGGGUGUCAGGUGCAGAUAACUCGCGUACUGGAUGGAAUGACAGCGACACUGCCAAGUGCCACACGGAAUAUGUUUGUGGACGGGAAGAAGCCCACGCAUCAUUGAUAGUGCAUCAUGUCUCAUACUUACGUGUCUAAAAAUCUCCCUGCUGACCAGAGAUCCGUGCUGUGUGGAAGAAGUACUGAUGAUGUGUGGCCUGGUCUUGGACAGGGACUAUUAAUGAGUCGACGAUUGCGACGAUAAUCAAGUACUGUUGAGAUACCGGUGCCCCAGGCUGUGCGCCUUGUCUAUUAUUAUUGCGACUUGUGAUUUGUAUUAAUUAUUCUCGGAUAAAUAUUUGGUUCU